AUGGCACGCCCUAACAUCAUCUUUAUAAUGGCUGACGAUCAUGCCUCCAAGUCUAUCAGCUGUUACGGUGCAGGCAUCAAUUCUACGCCUAACAUCGAUCGAAUAGCAAAUGAGGGGAUGAAAUUCAAUCACUGCUAUGUCACCAACUCCAUUUGCACGCCAUCUCGGGCUGCUAUAUUGACAGGCACCCACAAUCACGUCAACGGCGUGAUGACACUUGAUAGUAAGAUCAAUAAGCGCCUCCCGAAUGUUGCCAAGCACCUAAGGACUGGGGGUUACCAGACGGCUAUGGUAGGAAAAUGGCAUCUUGGUGAAGGUGAAGACCAUGUACCUACUGGCUUUGACUAUUGGUCGGUGGUACCUGGCCAAGGCGAAUAUUUUGAUCCCGAGUUCAUUGAGCCAUCUGGUACCCGUAUUGAAGAAGGAUACGCGACAGAUAUCAUUACCGACAAGAGCCUCAACUUUAUCAAAACUCGGGACAAAAGCCGUCCAUUCUUCCUCAUGUGCCACCACAAAGCUCCCCAUCGUUCCUGGGAGUGCGAUGAGAAGCACAAGGAUCUCUACAAGGAUCCUAUUCGCCUCCCUGACACUUUCACCGAUGACUACAAGAAUCGUGCGCGCGCUGCGGCUGUGGCUAAGAUGCGUGUCGAGGACGAUCUCACCUACCUAGACUUAGGUCUCGCACAGCCAGAUGGCGGGCGGCGGCGGGUUGGGGAGAAGAUGUUGCAGGCCUGGUGGUUCAACGACCGCAAGAUCCCGGCCCCAGCCGACGUUACCAAACUCAAGCUGAUCGACAAGGAUGAUGGUACUGUUUUCAGGUUUCAGACAAAACAAGAGCUCACUGAGUUCAAGUUCCAGCGUUACAUGCAGCGCUAUCUGCGUACAAUUCAAAGCGUUGAUGAUAACGUCGGCCGUGUACUCGACUUCUUGGAGACUGAAGGCCUGGCUAAGGACACGAUUGUUAUCUACACGUCAGACCAAGGCUUCUUUCUUGGUGAGCAUGGUUGGUUUGAUAAGCGCUUCAUGUAUGAAGAAAGCUUUCAGAUGCCUUUCCUUAUCCGAUACCCGCGCGAGAUCGCCCCAGGGUCUGUCUGCAACGAUAUCAUUUGCAAUGUCGAUUUUGCUACCACUUGGUUGGAUCUAGCUGGCUUGCCUGUGCCUUCGUAUAUGCAAGGUGUUAGCUUCCGACCUCUCUUGACCGGGGAGACGCCCAAGGACUGGCAGCAAGUUGCCUAUCAUCGCUACUGGAUGCAUCGCGACAUUAUUCAUGAAGCUUAUGCACACUAUGGUGUAAGGGAUCAGCGGUAUAAGCUAAUUUACUGGUAUAACGAGGAUUUUGGAAUUGAAGGCACCCGAGAAGGGGGGCAGGAGAAGGAGUGGGAGCUGUUCGAUUGUCAGGAAGAUCCUUUAGAGCUCUUCAACUGUUACCACGACCCAAGGUAUGUAGCAGUGGUGCGGCAGAUGACAGCCAUGUUGGACGCAAAGAUGGCGGAGAUCGGUGACGAGCCUGUUCAUGCUCCACAGGCUCAGGUUAUCGCGCCGAAGCUGUAG